AAAAUCAAGAAACUCACUCUGUGAGUCCAUUUCACGUCGACCAACUCGAGUUUGGACGGUUCUCCAAUGCCAACUCUCACUCUUGGCAUUCCAAUUAUCUCUUUCAAUUUCCAUUGCUAACCCUCAAACUUUUCCGUCACUUUCCCGAGAAAAUUCCGCAUGGCCCGCAACACAUCUCCACACGAGGACGACGACAAUAAUGGCGGCAAUGGCGGCGCCAGCAAUGAUCUAGGAUUCCAUUCGAUCCGCGACCGGUACCCUGUCAAGAGGAACCCUAUCCACCACCGAGAACCAGCCAAGGCCUCCCCGGAUCGCUCGCUGUUCCUCCGCGGCCGAUCUCACCCCAGCCGCUUCAACCGCAAGGGCUUACUCUGGCUGAUGGGGAAGUCUACGUUCUACUCCGUGGUGAUCUUCGCGGUGUUCCUGUUCGCGAUGGCGUCGAUGGUGUUGCAGAGCUCGAUCACGUCGGUGUUCAGCAAGAGUGGCGAUCGAGGGAGGUCGCUGAGGGACGGGUUGAGGUUCGGGAGCACGUUGAAGUUCGUGCCGGCCAGGGUUUCGCGGGGUGACGGGCUCGAUUUGUUGCGAUCGGAGCCGAGGAUUGGAGUUAGGGCGCCAAGGCUCGCUCUUAUCUUGGGCGACAUGAAGAAAAAUCCGCAGUCAUUGAUGUUGAUUACUGUGAUAAAGAAUUUACAGAAGCUGGGUUAUGUGGUUAAGAUAUUUGCACUAAAGGAUGGAAAAGCACGUACAAUGUGGGAGCAAAUAGGUGGCCGGCUUUCCAUUUUAGGACCUGAGCAAUAUGGCCAUAUCGAUUGGUUAAUUUUUGAAGGCAUCAUUGUUGAUUCUCUUGAAGCAAAAGAGGCUAUUUCAAGCCUUAUGCAGGAGCCUUUUUGUUCGGUACCACUUGUCUGGAUUAUUCAUGAAGAUACUCUUGCAAAUCGCCUUCCAGCAUAUGAGGAAAUGGGUUGGAAGCAUCUUGUUUCUCAUUGGAAAACUGCUUUUAGUAGAGCUAGCGUUGUUGUGUUUCCAGAUUUCACUCUGCCGAUGUUAUAUAGUGUUCUUGACACUGGAAACUUCUUUGUGAUUCCUGGGUCACCAGUAGAUGUGUGGGCUUCUGAAAGCUACCUUAAGACCCAGUCCAAAUACCAAUUAAGGAAGGACAAUGGAUUCAGUGAAGAUGAUAUACUGGUCGUAGUUAUUGGAAGUUCUUUCUUUCACAAUGACCUAUCAUGGGACUAUGCUGUAGCGAUGCAUGCCAUAGGACCACUGCUAAUAAAAUAUGCCAAGAGGAAAGAUGCGGGAAGCUCAUUUAAAUUUGUUUUCUUAUGUGGUAAUUCCACAAAUGGAUAUGAUGAUGCUUUAAAGGAAGUUGCUUCUCGUCUUGGACUUCUCCAUGGCUCUGUAAGGCAUUAUGGGUUCGAUACUGAUGUGAACAAUGUGUUAUUAAUGGCUGAUAUUGCUCUCUAUGGUUCCGACCAAGAUGUACAGGGUUUUCCUCCUUUGCUUAUCCGAGCCAUGACCUUUGAAAUCCCUGUUAUUGCACCUGAUUUUCCCAUCUUGAAAAAAUAUAUUGUUGAUGGAGUCCAUGGGUUAUUUUUUCCAAAACAUAACCCUGAUGCUUUGAUGAGGGCUUUCUCACUCCUGAUUUCAAAUGGAAAACUCUCCAAGUUUGCUCAAGCAGUUGCUUCCUCCGGAAGACUGCUUGCUAGGAACAUGCUGGCAUCAGAAUGCAUAACUGGUUAUGCGAGGGUACUGGAAAAUGUACUCAAUUUCUCAUCAGAUGCCAUGCUUCCAGGUCCUAUUUCUCAACUUCAGCAGGGAUCAUGGGAGUGGAAUUUGUUCAGGGUGGAAAUACAAGCGAGAACUGGUGAGAUGCAAGACAUUGAUGAGAAGGCUACUUUCUUGAGAAAGUUUAGUGUUGUUGAUGCUCUUGAAGACGAGUUUACCAAUUUUGUUCAUUCAACAAACGUCUCUGAGAAUGGAACUGAGAUUCUGUCACUGGAUAUCCCAACUAAACAAGAUUGGGAUGUUUUGAGCGAAGUAGAAAGUACUGAAGAAUAUGAGAAGUUAGAAAUGGAGGAGCUUGAAGAAAGAAUGGAGAGAAACCUUGGUGAUUGGGAUGAGAUUUAUCGUAAUGCUCGAAAAUCGGAAAAACUUAAGUUUGAAGCAAAUGAAAGGGAUGAGGGAGAGCUUGAGAGGACAGGCCAGCCAGUGUGCAUUUAUGAGAUUUACAGUGGAGCUGGGUCCUGGCCAUUCUUGCACCAUGGUUCUUUGUACCGUGGUUUAAGUCUUUCCUCAAGAGCACGGAGGUUGAGGGCAGAUGAUGUUGAUGGAGUUGGGCGGCUUCCCAUUUUGAAUGAUUCUUACUAUCGGGAUAUUCUGUGUGAGAUUGGGGGGAUGUUCUCUAUUGCCAAUAGGGUGGAUAACAUUCAUGGAAGACCUUGGAUUGGGUUUCAAUCAUGGCGUGCUGCUGGUAGGAAGGCUUCCUUGUCCCCAAAGGCUGAAAAGGUUUUGGAAGACACAAUACAAGAGAACACUAAAGGAGAUGUAAUUUACUUUUGGGCGUGCUUGGACAUGGACGGAGUCACGGGAAGCAAUGAUGUGCUCACUUUUUGGUCCAAGUGUGACAUCUUAAAUGGAGGAAACUGCAGGUCUGGUUUUGAAGAUGCAUUCCGCAGGAUGUACGGAUUGUCACUGAAUGUAGAAGGUCUUCCACCCAUGCCAGAAGAUGGUGGUCUCUGGUCUACUCUGCACAGUUGGGUGAUGCCAACCCCUUCCUUUCUGGAGUUCGUAAUGUUCUCCCGGAUGUUUGUUGAUUCUCUUGAUGCCUUACACACCAAUUCUAGUAAAAUCAAUAUGUGCUUGCUGGGAUCCUCAGAGCUUGAGAAAAAGCACUGUUACUGUCGGUUAUUGGAACUCCUGGUUAAUGUUUGGGCUUAUCAUAGUGCUCGGAAAAUGGUUUACAUGGAUCCGCACACCGGUUCACUGAAAGAGCAACACCCAAUCGAACACCGCAAGGGAUUCAUGUGGGCAAAAUACUUUAAUUUUACGUUGUUGAAGAGUAUGGAUGAAGAUUUAGCUGAGGCUGCGGAUGACGAUGACCAUCCACACGAGAUGUGGUUGUGGCCAUUAACAGGGGAAGUGCAUUGGCAAGGGAUUUAUGAAAGGGAGAGAGAAGAAAGAUAUAGGCUGAAGAUGGACAAGAAGAGAAAAACAAAAGAGAAAUUGUUUGAUAGGAUGCGGCAUGGUUACAAGCAGAAGUCACUUGGAGGAUAGGAAGCAUAUAAAAUCUGAACCCUUGGAUUCUAAUUCUGGAACUUUCGACUCCUAACACGGUUACUGAACCAAAUUUUCUCAACUCGGGAGUCGGGAAAUGCUCUUGCAGCUUGAGGAGAAGCUUAAUUCUUUCUAACAGCAUCGAGAACCACAAUUGUUUUUGCUAGAAUGGAUGGGAGAGCUUCAAUACAGCCGUCAAUAUCAAAAAGUAUUUGCAAGUUGAGGAAAGGAAAAAGAUUGCUACUUCAUGUUGGGUUACUUGAGAGAUGGAUGGUGAUAGUCAUUUUGAUUUUCCUCUUCCUCUUAUAUAUACAUUGAUUGUGUAUCACUGUGAAUCGUGCAUUAUUAACGAACCUUUAUUCA